UCUCUCGAAAUUGCGUGUGGAGGAGGGGAGGGGUGACUCGUACCUUAAAUCCCUACAAAUUAUCAAAACCCUCGCCAGUCCUCUCCACCACCGCCAGCUUCUCUCUUUCGCUCUAUGCUAUGAUUUCGUAUCUUCUCUCAGCGGGAGGAAUUUGGGCCGUUUAAUUUCAGUCUGGGAAAGGGUAUUUAAUAUUGCUGGAUAUGGAGAUAAUCUCGAAUUCUUGCCCAUCGACUCACUUUCCUGUUGCCCACAAGGCAAUAUCCUUAGAUAUCAAGGGAAAUAAGACGGACAUUGUAAUCUGCAAGUAUGAUGAUAAUUUUCUGGUCAUGGUGACUCAGAUAGGAUGUAUGGGAUCCAUAUUGCGUGCUAGGAAGGAGGAAAGUGUAUCUGUUGACCCAACUUUUAAUGUUUCUGUAGUAUUUGGUAAAAGAGAUGAGCCAUAUCUACUUGCAUGUGCACGCCAGCUGAUUGAAAAUAUAAGUAGCUGCGGUUCAUCCCGGCCAUUGGUGCUGUCGCUUGGUCUCAAGGACCACUCUCCGGGAACUUUGAAAGAUGUCAUUUCUGCUGUCAUUGAUAAUCGCCUAUGGUAAAUGCGCUUCAUCAACGGACUCAUUUGUCUGCAGCAAGAGUGGGGAGUGGUGCUUCAAACUUUCUAUAUUUUUUCCCCCUAGCUUGUGGAGUUCAGCUCGCUCGUUUUCCAACGGACGUGGCUUUAGCCUGUUUGUACUAUUGAUGCUUGUGUUCACCUUUGCGGUAGCCAUCUGCAAUUUCCUAGGACAGCAACCAAGCAGAGCUGGUGAAUUCAGUGUAACAGGUCAAGAUAUUAUUAGAGUGAAACUGAUUUAUUUGGAAGCAAAUUCGUGAUAGGUCCUAUGCAUUUUCAUUCUCAUAUA